CUCUCUCUCUCUCUCUCUCCCUACGUUAAAACUUCCGAUAUAUCGCAAUAAUGCUUAGGGGCCUCGACUACCUCUCAUCCUCCUUCUCGUCCCGGUACCCCUUCCUCCGGCGCCUCCUCAGCUCCGGCGCCUCCUCGUCCUCCGCAUCCCCGCCGCCCGAACUGGCGCUCGAAACGCAGCAGCCGGAGGUGCCUCCGUCGACCGCGAUCGCCGCGAUGGACUUGGAGACCGGCGAACGCUCCCCGCCGCCGGCGGUCGCCGGCCGGCGGGAGGAUGGCUCGGACGCGAGGCGGGUGGCGAAGCUGGUGCAGCCCGUGGCGCUGGCGGCGGCGGCCGGGUCGCUGGUGCUCUUCGUCAACGCCCCGCAGGCGGCGGACGGCCACCGCCCCGAACUCCACGCCGCCUACCUCGCCUUCGUCUGCCUGGGGCUGUUCACCAGCCUCGGCCUCUCCAUGCACGCCGUCGUGCGCUCGGGGGACCCGGCCGUCGUCGCGGCGCUGCACAAGCGGCUCCUGCUGCUGGCCAUCGCCUUCGUGCUCUGCGCCGCCGUCGUCCGCUUCUCCCUCGUCCUCCCCGGCGCCGUCCCCCUGCAGGUUGUAACGUAAUAUAACGGAUGAGGAUUCAAAAACGAGUUUUUGAGGUCUCAUUUUCCAUCCCCAUCACCCCAUGUUAAUAAAUAACAGUGGUAUAGCUUC